ACUAACGACGACAAAUAUGUGGAACUUGUAUUGGAAAAGCCGCUAGAUCGAGAGGAGCAAGCAGAGCUGGAUUUUAGUGUCACAGCUGUGGACGGGGGCUCUCCACCCAGGAGCGGGACAACACAAAUCCACAUUGUGGUUCUGGAUGUAAAUGACAAUGCUCCUGUCUUCACACAGAAAUUGUACAUUGGGCAGGUUUUGGAAAAUGCACCAGAGGGCUCUGUGGUUCUCCGUGUGGCGGCAACGGAUCAAGAUGCUGGACUGAAUGGAGAAAUCUCCUAUCAGUUCAGCCAAAAGGUGGGGCAGAGCCACUCAGCAUUUGCGAUUGACCGCGUGACUGGUGAAAUUAAACUCAAAACACCUCUGGACUUUGAGGCAGCAGAUAAAUAUGAGCUUAAU